GGCUGGGCUGGGGUGCGGCGGGGGCGGAGCUCGGCGUCCUGCUGCCGCCGCCGUCGCCGCCGCCCGCGGAGCUGCAGCCCCUUCCUCUGAGGCUUCGGCCCCGCGGCGCUGCCCUACGUGGACAGGUGCGCGCAUCCCGGGCCUGACGGAUGAGCAGUCGGGCACGUGAACUCCCACCUCCAAUUUGGCUCGGUGCCGGGCAGCGGCGGCAGCGGCGGCGGCGGCUGCAGCCCCGCGGUGGGGGCGGCCCCCGCGGUCUCCGCCCGGCUCCUGCGCGCCGCCUCUGCUCUUUGCAUAGUAAUAUCAGUUCCUGCAAGCACCCAGCUCGCUCCCGGAGCGGGUCUAAAAAGGACCGCUGCUCCAGAGCCCGCCGAAGCCCUCCGUGUGGCGCCGAGAACCGCUGCUUGGGACAUGCGACGGGAAAACCCUGCCACAGCGCAGGCAGUCGCCCCGCCGCGCGGGGGAGAACCGGGCCAGAGCAGAUUCUCAGCAGAAGGAUCCCUGGCUGUAAACAUCUGAGAGACCUGAUGCACUUCACUUAACCUGUCCAGUCCUCAGGCUUGAAGAAAUAUAUACCAAACUUGCAGAGACUCCUGGAAGCCCAGAGCACAUCUCAGUCUUUGAAGUAACCCGCGCAUUCCAUUCAGUCGGCCGUUGAGAACAGACUGUCCGAAGUAGUGUCAACUCCUAUCUCCGUUUGUGGCUCUGUCUGUACAGCUGAGAAGGGCUCACCUAGCGAUGACAGUCGGCGGGGCUGUCAGCCCAUCGCCCAGAUCACUGCGCAGUCUGGCCACAGGCUGGCGUGGCCUUGCUCCGCUGCUACGGCUCGCCAGGAGCUGACUGUGGCAGAGUCGAUCUCUUCGUGUUGUAAAUAGAGAUAGAUGCCUUUUGGAGACAAUCAGAUGACAAGCUUGGGCAGAGCUCUGAAGUAGAGAAAGCUCUUAAUUAAUAGCUCUCUCAAAUCUCAUUCUUUCUCAGCGGCUGCUGCCGCUUUCCUUCCUCGUGCACACUUCACUGCGUGCCACCCCCACAUCGUGCCUCCUACCUGGCUUCUAAAAACAUCCUCACAUCGAAUUCUUCAUCCCAGAGUGCCCUGCUUUGGCAGCCUCACUCCAAGAAGACAGCACUGAGAAGAGUGGCAGGGGAAGCCAACAGACGACAUGGCGACCUCGCCUCUACCGUUGCUUUGGACGAAGUGCAUUUCCUUGUAGGAUGAGGUCCACGUCUAUGGACCCCUCAGAGGAAUCAUCCCUGACUGAGUCUUCACUCUGAGCUGAGACUGCUUCCCAGAGGGAGACAGCUCCGGGGAGAGUGCUGAGGUUUUCCUGAAGAAGAAUUCCAUGGGGACCGUACCUGACCCUUUGAGAUCGGCUAAAACUUCCUUGCUUGCAGCUUCUGGAAAAGAAGAGGAUCUAGAAGAAGUGCAGCCUGCCUCACCUCGGUCUCGACCUGCCCUCCUCUGUAAGAACACCAAUGGCCUUUCUGGCCCUCCUGAAGGGCCCGUCCUUAGCCCCAGGGCAGCUGCUGAGGCCUUGAUGCAGGCCUUUGAGCAUGAGACCACCCCGCCGGACAUGUCUUCCGCCAGUGUCUUCAGUGAGGUAGAAAAAGCAUGUCCUCCACGCAACUCUCCUGGCAAUACCCAGCUGCCGGGAAGCAGUGAGCCCACAGCACCAGCUCUGUGUUCUGCAGCAGGAAAGGAUGUUCUAGACGAAGCAUUUACAAUGCCAGCCAAUCAACACAGCCACCAGGCCAUCCCAGGCAACCAGCCUAGCGCCAGCCCCUCAGCAGGGCCUGAUGAUACACUGCUGAAAACCCGGAGAACCUCAGACGGGGAGCAACCUGAAAAGUCAAGUUGUCCUGUGGGCAGCACCCAGGGCAACAGCAAAGCCCAUGUGCCCUGUGAUUUUCCCUCUCAAGAAAUAGUCCAGGGACUGGCGCAAACUGCAAAUACAGCAACAUCUGUGUUCAGCUACACCUCCUCUCCUGGAGGCGGACCUGAAGGGGAGAGGCCCAGAGCCAUUUGUGACUCCCAGACAAGGUCCUGUGAGUCUCCAGCGAGAGAAGACGGGUGUUCUGGACAUACACAGCACCCUGCCACCACCUCAGACAGCCAGGCCAUGACUUCUGUGACAUCUGAACCAUCCCACCUCACUAGCCAAGGGCCCACGUUUCCUCCAGAUCUGGGAAAGGUGCCAUUGCCUACACAGCACCAGGUGUCAAGGUUCAAAGAAGCAAGUACAAUGACCAAUCAAGCUGCCGGUGAGGUCCCGGAGGUUGCCAGCAGGGCUCGGCAAGACGCUGAGGUGCAGGCAGUGGCAAGUGUCGAGAGCAGGUCCGUCUCCACCAGCCCCAGCAUCCUCACCGCGUUCCUAAAGGAAAUCCCCGUUCCCGAGUGUCGGGAACCACAGGAGCAGCUGCGUGUCAUCUGCCACAGCAGUGGCCAUGGGAGCCAUACGCUGGAGCUGUCUGACGACAUCCUAGCCCCCCAGGAGUCGAGCCAGCGCCCUGGCAUCAUGCCAGAGGUGCACAUCCAGGCAACUGCGGCAGUUUCUACGGCUUGCCAAGGGGACUGUAAGUUGGGGAGCCUCCCAGGGGAGGUCCUUCAAAUCUCCGCGAUCACUGUAGCAUCUGGCAAGGCUCAAGAUAUGUGCAAGAAAGAUGGGGGCUCAGCAGGCAUGGCCCCGACGGGGGAGGAGUCCACUUCUACACAGCUUUCCAACGUGAACUCUAGCUCCCAGAAAGCUAGCCCCACUGACCAGAUUUCUGUUUGCGCAGGAAGUCAGACUGAAACAAAUCAUGAUUUGGGGAAAUUUGAAAGCAAGCCAUCUGAGUUUGCAAUGAAAACCACAGAUGGUCCCCAAACAAACCCAGACUGCCAACUCUCUGACUCUUGUGGCCCUGCCAGCAAAGACGACCCGUCCAGGAGCAUGGAUCCCACUGCUAAAGGACAGGCAACAGAGCCUGCUUCUCCGCGCAGAGUAAAACAGCAGGAAUGUCGGGGCACCGAUAGCCUCGAAGCCAGGGCAAGGGCAGAGGCCAAGACCCUGCUGCUCAACCCUAAAUCUCAAGAAAGUGCAGGCGCUGGAUCCGCUGCCAGCCCCACGCCGUCCCCAGUCAGGAAGAACCAGGACGGUACCUUGGAAGAAAGCAGACAGACCAAGACGGCCACCAGCCUGAGCCUGCCGGCUGACUCCAUGGGGGACUCCAGCCCAGGUUCCGGCAAGAGGACCCCUUCCCGCUUGGUCAAAGCCAGCCCCCGCAGGGCCAGCCGCGUCAGCGAGUUCCUCAAGGAGCAGAAGUUAAACGUGACGGCGGCGGCCGCGCAGGUGGGACUCACCCCGGGAGAGAAGAAGAAGCAGCUUAGCGCCGACGCCAAGCUGCAGUUGAAACAGUCCAAGCGUGUCAGGGACGUCGUGUGGGACGAGCAGGGCAUGACCUGGGAGGUGUACGGUGCCUCCCUGGACCCGGAGUCCCUGGGCAUCGCCAUCCAGAACCAUCUACAAAGACAAAUCAGGGAACAUGAGAAAUUAAUCAAAGCUCAGAGCAGCCAGUCCCGGAGAUCCAUUUCCUCAGACACUUCUUCCAACAAAAAGCUCAAAGGAAGGCAGCACAGCGUCCUGCAGUCCAUGUUGCAGAACUUCCGACGCCCCAACUGCUGUGUUCGUCCCGCCCCUUCUUCUGUGUUAGACUGAAAGGGAACGUGUAUGGGAACCCUCGUGCACAGUUAUCGGUAUUCCCGAGUGUCUGUGUAUGUCAGAGCUUGCUUAGUUUUUUGUUGUUGUUUUUGUUUUUUGGUUUUUGGUUUUUUUUCGAGAGAGACCAGUUAGAGAAAGCAAGUAUUAACUAUAGUAGCUAUGGCUUUGUUGGGUCCUUUGAUUAGGGCUCUGUGAAUGAAAAUAGUUCAAUUCGCAAGAAAGGACAAGAGAAAAGAAGGAAGUGUUACUGAAGGUUCAUGACCUUAAUUAAGAGGAAGUAAUAUUCACUGGGUUUUUUUUUUUUUUAAUUAUGAUGUUGCUUCUGGAACUAGCAUUAUCAUUAAACGUGUCAUUUAGAAUUACUGCCUCAAUUUAUAACACUGGUAUUUCCACUAAAAUCCCUGCUUAAUAUUAAAAAUAGCAAAAACACUAUAAGCAAAAGCACUGUUAGACUCUCUAGUCGUAUUGCAAUAAGAAUGCCACUACCACACAAAAUUUAAAUAGAUGAUAAGAACUAAAAGGUAAAAAAUGUGAAACAAAUUUUGACUCACUCUUAGGCCAGAUGACAUUAAGUAAAAGCAUUUAAAUGCAUAAAAUACCAAACGUGAAUUAAUACUUGUAAACAUGUGCAGAUAGCUGUUUUUGUAAACCUUGUUAUACCGUUAAUAAAUGUAAAGAAGUUACGUUAGGAAAAUGAGCCAAGUUUUGAAUGAAUACCGCCCACGUAAAACAUGAAUUUGUAUAUACAGAUUUCCCUGCAUGGAAGGCAAAGGGCAGCUAGCUCUAUGAUUCUGACUGGAUUAAAUUCAUAUCUCUUUAGAGGAAGUACAUCGACCAAAUUCUUGGAAGGAGUCCUUGAAUUAUUAAUAAUACUAAAGUUUGUGUUGUACAGGUGUCCUCCAAAAACAUCCUACUGAGAGUAUUAAGGUUUCAGUAAAGAAUUAUGAACAGCCAGUUUACCAAAUGCUCUCUUCUCUGUGUUGAAAAAAAAUAACAAAAGCAAUACAUUUAAUUUUACCUCCUGAAAA